CUAAUUUGAAAUGUGCGCUUUAGGUCUAUGAUUAGCUUCACAGAAUCUUUUAUUCUGAAACAAGGAGCCGGAAAUGCACUAAUACACACCAGCGAAGAAGAGCACGAAGCUAGCUUGCCAAGCUAACCGGUUGUAGACGUCUGAUUGAAGAUGUAAACUUGUAUAAACCUUUCGAUUGAAUGGUAAAAAUAAUUAACCGUGUCGUUAACAGGCGUUGUAGCUGCUGUCGGUUUGUGAUUUGACACGGUGUCAAAUGUGAAGAGAUUCCAACAUGUCCAUCCAGUUUGUGUAUAGCCAUCAGCACUUCGUCACUGAUGUGUAUCGGAUCAGUGGAAACAAUUCCGCUAAAAACUCUGCAUCAACAAAGUUUGACACCGCCAUCCAAGGCGGCUGGGCAGACAGGAUGGCACGGGGCAUAUUUCGCUACCAUCUGGGGAAUUUAAAAACACGGGUCCUGCUGGGUUCCCAUGGCUAUGUGGCUCAGCUGAAUAUCCAACGAGGAAUAGAGAGAAGAAAGCCACAGGAGAUCAUGAGCAUUAAGCAGGAGUUCAAUGCCAAGCAGUUUAACUUUAACAAAAUUAAACACGAUGAAAUCAUAUUUGAGAUGAUAAAGGACAAAAAAGGAGGUUCACCUUUGACUAACAAUGCAGAGUGUCCUCAACCCCAGAAGAUGGUUGUGUUGGUCAAUGUUAGCCCUCUAGAGUUUGGACAUUGUCUCUUUGUCCCAGAUCCUGCUCACUGUCUCCCACAGAUCCUGACAAAGUUUGCAAUCCAUGUCGGCAUUGAAGCUGUGCUUCUGAGCUCUGAUCCCGGUUUCCGUGUGGGGUUCAACAUGAAAAGAUGA